ACGACGUAGAAGUUUGAAAUUAUUAUUUUAGCAGAAGGCUGAAGCUGUUUAACUUGUGUGAAAAUGCUUAUGGUCACCUCAAACGUACGUCUAAACGCACUCUGCGGAACAAGGAUCUUUUUGUUGGCAGUAACGGUGUACUUGUGCUUCACUCAAGCAUUUGGAGUAGGAACCACUAUCGUCUGUCCGAAAGGUGUGGCUGUCUUUGGACAGCAAGUAAAUUUAACGUGCCACCUGCAUGGACCUGUAGAUGCGGGCAUUAAGUUUGUGAGACCAAAAGGGCCACACCCAAACGUGGUUCAGUGCGCCCACAAUCUGCCGAAUCAUUAUAAUGCGUGCAUCCAUAAUCACUACGUAUCGGGCUACGGUGCUGUCAUAGAGGCGGCAAGACGGGUUACUCUGAUCAUAGAUUCCUUCAACCCCGAAGUGGACGAAGGUAACUGGAAGUGUUUGGAUGGAGAAAUGGGUAAAUCUCAUACUACGUGCAACCCUGGCAAACAAGAUUCAAACACUGAGAGGCAAUUAACGUAUUCCGUUCCACUACUCAUUUUUAUUGUCAUCAUCAUCCUGACGAACUGUUAGCACAAGUAUCUUCAAUCGGCUUUCCGCUGUGCCUUCUAUACACGAUAGACUCUAGGAAUUUCACCCAUUUUACUUUUAAUGCCAAUUUGAUACCUAAUUUGUUAUAUAUAUGUAAACAAACCAAAGCCCAGCAGAUUUCAUAUAUACUAAUAUGGUUGAUCACCUAAAAUGCUCAAAUGACAAUUCUGUAUAUAUUUCUGUACACGGUGCUUUGUUGAUAAUGAUGUUUUCGUAACAGAAGGUUACAUGGUUCAGGGGUGGAAGCUGGAUUUUUCUAGGGAGGGAGUGCAACGUUUAAUGUAAUGAUGUAAGCAGUUUCACGAAAAAUUAUACCUUAAGGAGUGAAAAACAAUUCCUGUUAUGCCUUUAUUUUUCACAUUGUUAAUAAUCAAUAAACCAUAAAAUACUCA